GUCCGACUCGGAGCUAUUGUUAGAAUACUCUUAGAUAACUGCAAUUUGCGCGUUUUCUGAAUACCUACAUAAGAAGGUAAUCGAAGGGAUAUUUGUGAUUUUCAUUCAAAGGAUCAUUAGCCACUGUAAGGAGUUACAGACAAGAUGUUAAGAAUACACAGAUGGUCCGACAGCCAAAACCACUUCCAUUAUGCAGAUUUUGUGACAUCACGGAUGAACUGCUAAGAAACCGCUCUAAAGCAACCAUAUAUCUUUCUCUAUCUACAGAUCAUUUUGUGUUAUGCUGUAGCUUUAUUAUACUCAAUCAAUGAGUCCUUCGGUUUUGUUUUCCUAACUAGACUUGCCCAUUUGAAAUUAUCGUUCGGCAUCUUCAUUGUGUCACACACGCCUUGGGUUCCUUUUGUGGCGCCGGGGGCUGCUAGAGAGGAGGUUGAAUUCUAAACAAUAGAGCGAAAUACGGCCAAGCUCCGGAGCUUGGAACAAGGACGGAAACCCACGACUGGGUUUAGCGAGCAGCCUUGAAUAAAGAACUCAAGAACAUGAAGGAGAAGCACUGAUUUGGGGGUUACUGUAAUCACUGGAUUUAUUCGCGCUACAUUGUAUCUUUGAAAUCCUCAAGGAGAGAUCAUGAAUUCAGCAGAAGCUGCCGAGGAAGGACCAAACGAUUCGGAUACGGAUGCGUUUUUCAAAACAGGGUCCUUCAGGGCUGACGGCAUUAAGGCGUCUGAUGUUCUGCCCGUGCUGAAAGAGAAAGUGGCCUUCGUGUCUGGAGGCAGAGACAAAAGAGGAGGUCCCAUCCUGACGUUUCCUGCCCGCAGCAACCACGACAGGAUAAAACAGGAAGAACUCAGAAGGCUCGUCACCUACCUAUCCACCGUCCCCAGCGAGGAUGUGUGUAAACGGGGCUUCACGGUCAUUAUUGACAUGCGAGGGUCCAAGUGGGACCUAAUAAAGCCGCUACUGAAGACCCUCCAGGAAACCUUCCCGGCUGAGAUCUGCGUCGCCCUCAUCAUCAAACCCGACAACUUCUGGCAAAAACAGAAGACAAACUUUGGCAGUGCCAAAUUCACAUUUGAGACUAGUAUGGUGUCAGUGGAGGGGCUCAGCAAGCUUGUGGACCCAUCUCAGCUGACUGACGACUUUGAAGGCUCGCUGGAUUACAACCACGAAGAGUGGAUGGACCUCAGGGUGUCUCUGGAGGAGUUCAUGGCCAGUGCCGUGCAUCUCCUCUCCCGCCUCGAGGACCUGCAGGAGCUGCUAGCCAAGAAGGAGUUCCCUGUGGACGUGGAGGGAUCUCGCCGUCUGAUCGACGAGCACACUCAGCUGAAGAAGAAGGUGAUGAAGGCCCCGGUGGAGGAGCUGGACCGCGAGGGCCAGCGGCUGCUGCAGUGCAUCCGCUCCAGCGACGGCUUCUCCGGACGCAACUGCAUCUCGGGCAGCGCCGACUUCCAGAGCGUGGUGCCCAAGGUGGCCAGUCUGCUGGACAAGCUGCACUCUACCAGGCAGCACCUGCACCAGAUGUGGCACGUCCGCAAGCUCAAGCUGGACCAGUGCUUCCAGCUGCGGCUCUUCGAGCAGGACGCAGAGAAGAUGUUUGACUGGAUCAGUCACAAUAAGGAGUUGUUCCUACAGAGCCACACAGAGAUCGGAGUGAGAUACCAGCAUGCGGUCGACCUGCAGACACAACACAACCACUUUGCCAUGAACUCAAUGAAUGCGUACGUCAACAUCAACCGGAUCAUGUCGGUGGCGUCCCGGCUGUCGGAGGGGGGUCACUAUGCCUCGCAGCAGAUCAAGCAGAUCUCCAGUCAGCUGGACCAGGAGUGGAAGAGCUUCGCUGCUGCACUGGACGAACGCAGCACCAUCCUGGCCAUGUCUGCUGUGUUCCACCAGAAAUCUGAACAGUUCCUGUCCGGGGUGGAGGCGUGGUGUAAGAUGUGCAGCGAGGGGGGGCUGCCGUCAGAGAUGCAAGACCUGGAGCUGGCUAUCCACCAUCACCAGACCCUUUAUGAGCAGGUCACACAGGCUUACACUGAGGUGAGCCAAGAUGGCAAGGCCCUGCUGGAUGUGCUCCAGAGGCCCCUGAGCCCGGGGAACUCCGAGUCCCUGACGGCCACGGCCAACUACUCCAAGGCGGUCCACUGCAUCCUGGACGUGGUCCACGAGGUCCUGCACCACCAGAGGCGCCUGGAGAGCAUCUGGCAGCACCGCAAAGUCCGGCUGCACCAGCGCCUGCAGCUCUGCGUCUUCCAGCAGGACGUCCAACAGGUGAUGGACUGGACAGAGAACCAUGGCGAGGCCUUCCUCAGCAAGCACACAGGCGUGGGCAAGUCUCUCCACCGCGCCAGGGCCCUGCAGAAACGCCAUGACGACUUUGAAGAGGUGGCACAGAACACCUACACCAACGCUGACAAGCUGCUGGAGGCAGCCGAGCAGCUGGCCCAGACGGGAGAGUGUGACCCCGAGGAGAUCUACAAGGCAGCCCGCCACCUGGAGGUCCGCAUCCAGGACUUUGUCCGACGGGUGGAGCAGAGGAAACUGCUGCUGGACAUGUCCGUCUCCUUCCACACACACACCAAGGAGCUGUGGACCUGGAUGGAGGACCUGCAGAAGGAGCUGUUGGAGGAGGUGUGUUCGGACUCGGUGGAAUCGGUCCAGGAGUUGAUCAAGCAGUUCCAGCAGCAGCAGACAGCCACUUUGGAGGCCACGCUCAACGUCAUCAAGGAGGGAGAGGACCUCAUACAGCAGCUCAGGGACGCCGCCAUGUCGACCAACAAGACGCCCCACAACAGCUCCAUCGCCCACAUCGAGGGCGUGCUGCAGCAGCUGGACGAGGCCCAGGGUCAGAUGGAGGAGCUGUUCCACGAGCGCAAGAUCAAGCUGGACAUCUUCCUGCAGCUACGCAUCUUUGAGCAGUACACCAUCGAGGUGACGGCAGAGCUGGAUGCGUGGAACGAGGACUUGGUGCGCCAGGUGAGCGACCUGAGCGGCGAGGACCUGAGCCUGGCCGAGCAGCGUCUGCAGCGCCACACGGAGCGCAAGCUGGCCAUGAACAACAUGACCUUUGAGGUGAUGCAACAGGGCCAGGACCUGCACCAGUACAUCAUGGAGGUCCAGGCCUCAGGUAUUGAGCUGACGGGGGAGAAGGAGGUGGACCUGGCCACACAGGUGCAGGAGCUGCUGGAGUUCCUGCAUGAGAAGCAGCAGGAGCUGGACGUCAGUGCAGACCACACCCACAAGAGGCUGGAGCAGUGUCUGCAGCUACGCCACCUGCAGGCCGAGGUCAAUCAGGUUCUAGGCUGGAUCCGUAACGGGGAGUCCAUGUUGAACGCGAGCAUGGUGAACGCCAGCUCCCUGUCUGAGGCAGAACAACUGCAGAGGGAACAUGAACAGUUCCAACUGGCCAUCGAGUCUCUGUUCCAUGCCAACUCGCUCCAGAAGACCCACCAGAGUGCCCUGCAGGUUCAGCAGAAGGCCGAGGUGAUGUUGCAGGCGGGACACUUCGACCCGGAUGCUAUCCGUGUCUGUGCUGAGAAGGUGGCCAUGCACUGGCAGCAGCUCAUGCUGAAGAUGGAGGACAGACUGAAGCUGGUCAACGCUUCCGUUGCCUUUUACAAGACCUCCGAACAGGUGUGCAGUGUGCUGGAAAGCCUGGAGCAGGAGUACAGGAGGGAUGAGGACUGGUGCGGUGGCCAUGACAAGCUGGGAGCCUUGGCUGAGACCGACCACGUUCUCCCUCUCAUCAGCAAACACCUGGAGCAGAAGGAGGCCUUCCUCAAGGCAUGCACGCUGGCCAGAAGAAACGCAGAAGUGUUUUUGAAGUACAUCCACAGGAACAACGUCAGCAUCCCCGGAGCGGCCGGCCACGCCCGAGGACCCGAACAGCAGGUCAAAGCUAUCCUGAACGAGCUGCUGCAAAGGGAGAACCGAGUUCUGCAUUUCUGGACCCUGAAGAAGAGACGCCUGGACCAGUGCCAGCAGUAUGUGGUGUUUGAACGCAGUGCCAAACAGGCUCUAGACUGGAUCCAGGAGACUGGGGAGGGGUACCUCUCCACACACACCUCCCCAGCAGACAGCAGCGAGAAGACCCAGCAGCUACUCAAGGAGUACGAGGAGUUCAGAGUCUCCGCCAAGCAAACAAAAGAGAAGGUGAAGAUCCUGAUCCAGCUGGCGGACAGCUUCGUGGAGAAGGGCCACGUCCACGUGAUCGAGCUGAAGAAGUGGGUGACCACAGUGGACAAGCGCUACCGGGACUUUUCCCUCCACAUGGGCAAGUACCGCUCCGGCCUGGAGAAGGCCCUGGGCAUCAGCUCAGAGGAUAACAAGGACCUGGAGCUGGACAUUAUCCCUGCUAGUCUGACGGACCGUGAGGUGAAAUUACGUGACCCCAAUCAUGAGGUCAACGAGGAGAAGAGGAAGUCUGCCAGGAGGAAAGAGUUCAUUAUGGCAGAACUCCUCCAGACUGAGAAGGCCUAUGUCAGAGACCUCCAUGAAUGUUUAGAGACAUACCUGUGGGAGAUGACCAGUGGGGUUGAGGAGAUCCCUGCUAGCAUCCUCAACAAGGAGCACAUCAUCUUUGGCAACAUCCAGGAUAUCUAUGACUUUCAUAACAAUAUCUUUCUGAAAGAGUUGGUGAACUAUGAGCAGCUCCCAGAGGAUGUGGGUCACUGUUUCGUCACCUGGGCUGACAAGUUUCACAUGUAUGUCAACUACUGUAAGAACAAGCCUGACUCCAGUCAGCUGAUCCUGGAGCAUGCUGGGAGCUUCUUUGAUGAUAUUCAGCAGAGGCAUGGACUGGCCAACUCUAUCUCAUCCUACUUGAUCAAGCCUGUCCAGAGGAUCACCAAGUACCAGCUUCUCCUUAAGGAGCUGCUGACCUGCUGUGAGGAAGGGAAGGGGGAGAUCAAGGAUGGGCUGGAGGUGAUGCUGAGCGUCCCCAAGAGGGCCAACGAUGCCAUGCACAUCGCCAUGCUGGAAGGGUUUGAUGAGAACCUGGACGUGCAGGGAGAGCUCAUCCUUCAGGACACCUUCCAGGUGUGGGACCCCAAGUCCCUGAUCAGGAAGGGCCGCGACCGACACCUCUUCCUGUUUGAGAACUCUCUGGUCUUCAGCAAGGACAUCAAGGACUCCGCGGGACGCACCAAAUAUGUCUUCAAGAACAAGCUCCUGACCUCCGAGCUGGGGGUGACAGAGCACAUAGAAGGAGACCCCUGCAAGUUUGCUCUCUGGGCUGGCAGGACCCCCUCAUCUGACAACAAGACUGUCCUCAAGGCAUCCAACGUUGAGGCGAAGCAGGAGUGGAUCAAGAACAUCCGGGAGGUGAUACAGGAAAGGAUCAUACACCUGAAGGGGGCGCUCAAGGAGCCCAUCCACAUGCCCAAGACCCCCGCCAAGCCACGCAACAACAGCAAGAGGGAUGGUGGUGAGGAUGCAGACAGCCAGGGAGAUGGAAGCAGCCAACCAGACACCAUCUCCAUCGCCUCCCGCACCUCCCAGAACACUGUAGACAGCGACAAGCUCUCCGGCGGGUGUGAGCUGACCGUGGUGCUGCAGGACUUUGCGGCGAGCUGCCCCAACGAGAUGAGCCUUCAGACGGGUCAGACGGUGGAGCUUCUGGAGCGCCCCAGCGACCGGCCCGGCUGGUGUCUGGUCCGGACCACCGAGAGGGUCCCCCCCCAAGAGGGCCUGGUCCCCAGCAGUGCUCUCUGCAUCUCGCACUCCCGCAGCAGCGUGGAGAUGGACUGCUUCUUCCCCUCAGGGAAAGAGAAUUACUCCGUGAGUGGCUCGGAGCCCAAGACAGAGUCUGUAGCCAACCUGCAGCCCCAGGCCUCUCUCACCUCCAUCCAGUCCAGCUCCCCAGGGCCCAAGCGCUCAGGGAACACCCUGAAGAAGUGGCUGACCAGCCCUGUGAGGCGCCUCAGCCAGGGCAGCGGUGUCAAGAAGUUCCCAAACAAGCCCAAGACAAAGAGGGAGGACAGACGCAAGAGCAUGGACCUGGGCCCACCGGAGCUCACCCUGCAGGACGAGAGUGCAGAGGAGAGAGGCAGGAAGGAGGGUACGCUCUCCAAGUCCUCGUCCGGGGUGCCGAGCGGAGGGGAGGAGGAGCCAGAGGACGAUGCUCACACGCCCCUGCCGCCUCCGAUGGAGAUCAUCAAGGACCCCUCUGCCCAGGACGAGAAGUCCUCUGCGUUGCUAAGCACACGCCAGGCGUCCGCUGAGGUGCCUAGUGCUGCAGAGCUUGUCAGUGCUAUUGAGAAACUGGUCAAAACGAAAAUGACCCUGGAGCCAGGGAGCUACCCCAGCUUCGCCUCCCUGACCCCCCCAGAGCAGACCCCCACCCAGCCCAGAAACCCCGAGCUGGAACAGAGGGCCAAGGCCAUGAGAGGACGCAUGUUUGUCCUCAAUGAGCUGAUCCAAACAGAAAAGGACUACGUGAAGGACCUGGGCAUCGUAGUAGAGGGGUUCAUGAAGAAAAUAGAGGAGAAGGGAGUUCCUGAGGACAUGAAAGGAAAGGACAAGAUUGUGUUUGGGAAUAUUCACCAGAUCUACGACUGGCACAGAGAUUUCUUUGUUGGAGAGUUGGAAAAAUGUCUUGAAGACAACGAGCACCUGCCUGAGCUCUUCAUUAAACACGAGAGGCGCCUCUACAUGUAUGUUGUCUACUGUCAGAACAAGCCCAAGUCGGAGUUCAUAGUAGCAGAGUACGACACAUUCUUUGUGGGCAUACAACAGGAAAUUGCAUCACGCCUAGGCAUCAGUGACUUCCUUAUCAAACCCAUCCAGAGAAUUACAAAGUACCAGCUUCUUCUAAAGGACUUUCUAAAGUACAGUUCCAAGGCUGGAAUAGACUGCCAAGAAAUUGAGAAAGCGGUGAAUCUGAUGUCCCAGGUCCCAAAACUUUGCAACGACAUGAUGAACUUGGGCCGAUUACAAGGCUACGAGGGGAAGUUGACGAGCCAGGGAAAGCUGCUGCAGCAGGAGACCUUCUAUGUGACGGAGCAGGAUACGGGCGUCCUGUCCCGCAGUAAAGAGCGCCGCGUCUUCCUCUUUGAGCAGAUUGUCAUCUUCAGUGAGCUUCUGAGGAAAGGCUCGUCCACCCCGGGCUACCAGUUCAAAAAGAGCAUCAAGGUGAGCUUCCUGAGCUUGGAGGAAAACGUAGAUAACGACCCAUGUAAAUUCAUCAUGUCCUGCCGUGGAUCAUCCGAGCGUUUCACGCUGCAGGCAGCCAACCUGGAGAUCAAGCAAGUGUGGGUCCAGCACAUCAACACAGUGCUGGAUGCCCAGAGUAACUUCCUUUCCGCCCUGCAGUCUCCUAUAGAGUAUCAGAAGGAGAAGGGGGGGUCCCACUCCCUGACCAGGAAUGCGUCAGGCAGCAGCCGUCCCUCCCAGGACAAAAGUCGACCCCACUCCUCCUCCUCAGUAGGGGCAGAGAAGCCGCCCCUCACCGGGCGCACCUCCACCCCUCUGAAGACAUCUACCUCCAAUGGCAGCUCUUGCUUUGAUUCCACCAGGCAGGACGGCGUGGGUUGUAACGGCAUGUCCUCCACCAUGAUGGUCACCCAGGACUACAGUGCACUGAAAGAGAACGAGAUCUGCGUCAUCCAGGGAGAGACCGUUCAAAUCCUAGCAACCAAUCAGCAGAACAUGUACCUGGUCUACCGCCCUGCAAACAUCCAAUCACCGGCCGCCGAGGGAUGGGUCCCUGGUCACAUCUUGGGCCCGGCCACUAAAACUCUGAAAGAUAGUGCUGCAGACGCAAGCAUCAAGAAAUCUCUUUCGUGGAACACCCUGCGCUCCAGAAAGCGGGCAGAGAAGGAUAGCUCUGGGGUCAAAGGUGACGCCAAGCUAGAGAACGGACUCCGUAAGCCCAAGGAGAUCCUCAGCACCACCAAGGUGACGGUUAAAGAGUCUCACACCUCAGAGGAGUCUGAUUGUGAUGAUGAUCUAGAGCCCAAACCUAGCAUGGAGUUACUGAAUCCAAAUUUCAUACAAGAAGUGGCUCCUGAGUUCCUGAUCUCUCUAGCUGAUGUAACAUGUGCCUUUGGAGAGACUGUGGUCUUGUGCUGUAAGGUCUGUGGGCGUCCCAAACCCAACAUCACUCUGAAAGGACCCGAUCAGAACCCUGUGGUCAACAGUAGCCGCUUCACCAUAAACAUCCGGGAUACAGGUGACAUCCUGUUAAAGAUCUGUAACCUGAUGCCCCAGGACACAGGCAUCUAUACCUGCGUUGCCGUUAACGACCACGGCUCGGCCUCCUCUUCGGCCUCCAUUAAAGUGCAAGGCAUCCCAGCAGCCCCUGCGCGGCCAGUGGCGCAGCAGGCCAGCAGCACAGCGGUGAUCGUCCACUGGCUCCCCCCAGCCAGCUCGGCCAACUGUGCCGUUUCCAGUUACACUGUGGAGUACCGACAGGAAGACUCGCUGAUGUGGCAGCAGUCAGUGGUGUCCACAGCAGAUGUGUGUGUGAAGAUUGAGGAUCUUAUCCCUGGGGGGCACUACCAGUUCAGGGUCAGUGCCAGUAAUCCCUGGGGGGUCAGUCCACCCAGCGAACCAUCCAACAUGGUGACCCUGCCCAGCGGGAAUUCUACCUACGAUGGCACAAGUAUCCAGUGGAAAGACAACUUCGAAUCAACGUUCUCUGAAAUUUGUGAGAUUGGACGAGGCAGGUUCUCAGUGGUGAGGAAGUGUCUCAACAAGACCACAAAGAAGGAGGUUGCCGUGAAGUUUGUCAGUAAGAAGAUGCAGAAGAAGGAACAGGUGGCCCAUGAGGCCGACAUCCUCCGUCACGUUCAACACCAUCAGCUAGUGGCUCUGCUUGACACUUACGAGACACCAUCCUCCCUCAUGCUAGUGCUAGAGCUGCUUGAGGAUGGGAGGUUGCUGGACUACCUGGUGGCCCAUGAUGAGCUGAUGGAGGAGAAAGUGGCGUUUUUUGUCAAGGAGACGCUCGAGGCCCUCCAGCACCUCCACACCUGCAAAGUGGCACACCUGGAUCUGAAGCCGGAGAACCUCCUUGUGGACCUUCAUGUUCCUGUUCCCUGCGUCAAGCUGGUGGAUUUUGGGGACGCCGUCCAGGUCUCUGCUCAUCGCUACGUCCACCUGCUCCUGGGGAACCCCGAGUUUGCUGCCCCCGAGCUGAUCCAGGGCACGCCCGUCUCCCUGACGACAGACGUGUGGAGUGCAGGGGUGCUGGCUUACGUCAUGCUGAGUGGUGUUUCGCCCUUCUUGGACGAGAGCUUGGAGGAGACCUGUGUUAACAUCUGCCGGCUGGACUUUUGCUUCCCUGAGGAAUAUUUCAAGGGUGUGAGCCAAGCAGCCAGAGACUUCAUCAGCUCCACGUUGCAGCAAGACCCGAGGAAACGCCCCAGCGCCACUUCCUGUCUGCAGCAUCCCUGGGUGGGGGCGCACAGUGGCGACUACUCCAAGACCCCUCUGGACACGGGCCGCCUGGCCUCGUUUAUAGACAGACGCAGACAGUUGCAUGACGUCCGGCCUGUCACCAACAUUAAAGGCCUGGUAACCAGCAGUAUGGGACACACGCUUUAAGAGGAUCUCAAUGCCUACCCUAAUACAGGUGUGGUCUUGGGGCACACAAGUCCAGAUCAGGGAUGCUAGCUAGUUAGCAUCUCAGUAGCCUUCUCACUCAUUCACUUUGCCUGCAAUACGACAUAAAGCCACAGUCUGGAGUCUAGUUUUUCCACACAUCUGAAGUGUCUAACAACACAGCACUGACCCACCUUGACAAAGGCUCGAGAGACUUUCUGAAGUGUGUCUCUCAUUGUGUCCGACUAUUAUGAAUGCCAACGUUAAAAAAUAAUUGUUAGGUAACGUUCAAAGAAAGUUCCAUGAAGAACUUAGCAUAACUGUUGAAUGUAAUUUAUUGUUGAAUGUGGUCAAUUCUUGAAGUUCUAUAGUUUGUGACAUUAUCAGCAAUUGAUCACUUAAAAUAUGCAUCGAUUGUGCAUCAUCUGUAGAUAAGCUGUGACUGCUAUUUUUCAAAGGUUUCAGAGUGUAAAUUGAAGAUAAAUUGAUAACCUUUCCACCCUAAGAUUUAGUAGUGUGCACUCAGGACAUAAUGUCAUGAUUGAAUCCCUCAUUCAUAAAUGUAUAUCCAUUAAUUUAAGAAUUGGAAUCUGUUGCACCUCAGACUAGUCCAGUAGCCAUCACAGUAGUCUAGAAACGGAAAACCCUAGGCCUUAAAUAAGUAGUCAUUGUUUGAUGCCAACCUUAAUGUAUUAAUUUAUUCAUAUUUUUAUGAGUAUAACUGUCUUUUCCACAUAAUUGUUUUUACGUGUAAACCAAACACUAGUUGUCCAUCUGCCAGUGGGCUAAUAUGUUUGGCCAUCAUGUAUUGGGUGCAAAAGACAUUCUGUUUAUUACAUUUGGAUCACAAACCGACAACCAAUGAAAUGUCACCACCACUUUGAAGUGUGUUAGUCUAAUUUAUUUAGCUUAUUCAGCCUUAAUUGUAUUUACCCGUAGGCCCACAUGCAGGAAGUAGAAUGUGAUCAUACUGCGAACCAUGUGUAGCCUACAUGGUGUAUACCGUAUCACCAAAUUUAAGUAAGCAAGCUAGCUAUGUGGUGUAAUCCAACUUCAAACCCAGUUGAGUUAAAAAUAUCUCUGGCCUUUCAUUAGUUUCGCUCAAUGUCAUUGUUCAUUGUGACUAGAUUCCACCUACCUAACAUGUAAAUGCUUGUAAUUAUAUUAACUACCGCAGCAGUAUUGUUCAUUACAUCGCAUCACACGUAUCACAACAUUGUAUAAAUGCCUAGCAUCUUUUCUUACUCCAUGUGGGCUGUUUGUUACUGAAUGUUUACGAAUAAA